UAAAGCACAGCCAAGUGUCAGGUUCCACAUAGCAAUCAUGGGCUUGCUAACGAUCGCAGCUGUGGCAGCAGGGGCCGGCGGUACAGUGCUGGCGGCUCCUGUAGUUUUGGGGGCCAUAGGUUUCACUUCAGCCGGCAUAGCAGCCGGAUCCUACGCAGCAGGCAUGAUGUCCAGCGCUGCUGUAGCUAAUGGAGGAGGAGUGGCAGCAGGUAGCCUGGUGGCUUUGUUGCAGUCGGCAGGAAUGGCUGGUCUGUCAGGAGGUGCCACGGCAGCUGUUGGCAGCACUGGAGGACUAGUGGCUGGAUUGGUGGCUGUUAUCGUUUGAGACCAAGCUGACACCACGAAGGAAUAAUAAAAAAAAACAUUUAGCUCCUUUUCCAAAAUGGCAAACAGUCAGGAUGGAAGUAGAUGACUUAAUAAAACAAAAUGUAUUGGCAUACAUAGCCUAUGAGGACAAUUGAGAUAAUGUUUUGGUGUUUCUCCAAAAACACAUAUUAUAUAUAUAUAUAUAUUAUAUAUGACCUUACAUUGUCGAAUUGUCCAAGUUUUAACAUAAAAUAAAAAUGAAUUUAA